GUGGUAUCGAGCUCCCGAGUGCUUGUUGACCGAUGGCUAUUACAACUUCAAGAUGGACCUUUUCGCUGCUGGAUGUGUUUGCUUUGAAAUCGUGGCUCUCUUUCCACUCUUUCCUGGCCAGAAUGAGAUGGACCAGAUUCAGAAAAUCCACAAUGUGUUGGGGACUCCAGCAGCAGAGCUGCUGGCCCGCAAGUUUCGGCGGAACGCCUCCCACAUGGAUUUCAACUUCCCGGAGAAAAAGGGCACAGGCAUCGAGAGGCUCAUCCCUCAUGCAGAGCCGGAACUUGUGGAGCUCAUGAAGAAACUGGUCAGGUAUGACCCCGAUGAACGGAUUCUCGCAAGACAGGCUCUCAAGGACCCGUACUUUCGAGAACUCCGAGAAGCAGAAAAGGACUUGGCGUCCGCUGUGGCGCAGCUACAAUCUGGCUCUGCUGCUGGCAGUACCAAUGGUUCUCGCAGUCGCGAUCCCAUGGCCAAGGCCGGCAUCAGUGUAACCAGCAGCGUCAGUGCAGAUCACGAGAAUCCGGAGCAAACCCACGAGCCGAGUCGGACCAGCAGCCCUGGGCCGGAAGAGUCUCGUGGCGCUCUGCCAAGCAUCAGACACGAACGUCGGAAGGCCGGUGGUGUUGAGGAAGAUGGACAUGAUGAUGGCAUGGUUCUUCCUCCAAUUGGUGGUCUGAAGGGCAAGCGUGACAGCAAGAUGAAAACGACCUUUAAAACUGCGGCCAAUGCUUCGCUGCAAAAACCCAUGCAUGGCACCACGGUCCAUGGCUCCAUGGCGCCAGCGCACAGCGAGAAGUCUGGGCUUGGUGUCCUGACCUCCAAGGGGUUCAGUGGGACAGUGCGCAGCACUGGAGGAACAAACACGCAAAUGAGUAUGUCCUCUGCGGAGAUGUCCUCAACCAACCCACACAGCUGGACCACCAGCGAGCACGGCGCGGGUGUGCUUUGCCGAGCCCGGACCAGCCACAGACAAGAUGAAUUCUACCUGGGCGCCCAAUUCACAGCGGAGGCGCUGUCACGUCCUGCGAUGCAUGCGUAUGUCUCUCCCUUUGGCGCGAAGAUGGCGCUAGGGAAGAAACGUUAG